AUGGAGCUGGGGCGGGCGGGCCUAGCGUGGACCGCCGCCCUGCUGCUGGCGGCCUUGGGAGCGCAGGCCGCGGCGGCAGCGGCGGGGGGUUUCGACCCGUACCGCGUCCUGGGGGUCGGCCGGAGCUCCAGCCAGGCCGACAUCAAGAAGGCCUACAAGCGGCUCGCUCGGGAAUGGCACCCUGACAAAAACAAGGACCCAGGAGCAGAAGACAAAUUCAUCCAGAUUAGCAAGGCCUAUGAGAUCCUCUCCAACGAGGAGAAGAGGGCAAACUUUGACCGCUACGGAGAGGCUGGGGAGAGCCAGGGCCACUCCCAGCACCAGCACCGCCACUUCCACCACUUCCAUGAAGGCUUCUACUUUGAUGAGUCCUUCUUCCACUUCCCCUUCAAUUCAGAGAGGAGAGACACCUCUGAUGAGAAGUACCUGCUCCACUACUCCCACUACAUCAACGAAAUCCUGCCAGACAGCUUCAAGAAGCCUUACCUCAUUAAGAUCACCUCCGACUGGUGCUUCAGCUGCAUCCACAUCGAGCCUGUCUGGAAGGAGGUCGCUCAGGAACUGGAGGCCCUGGGCGUGGGGAUCGGCGUGGUGCACGCGGGCUACGAGCGGCGCCUGGCCCAGCACCUGGGGGCCCACAGCACCCCCUCCAUCCUGGGGCUGGUCAGCGGCAGGGUCACCUUCUUCCACAGCGCCGUCGUCCGCGACAACCUGCGGCUCUUCGUGGAGACCCUGCUGCCAGGCAACCUGGUGGAGAAGAUUACAGAUAAAAACUACAUCCACUUCCUCUCCAACUGGAAGAGAGAAAACAAGCCCCAUGUGCUGCUGUUUGACCACAUGCCAGUUGUGCCACUCUUCUACAAGCUGACUGCCUUCGCCUACCGCCACUACCUGGCCUUCGGUUACGUCUACGUCGGGCUGCGAGGCACUGAGGAGCUCUCCCGCCAGUACAACAUCAAUGUCUACACUCCCACCAUGAUGAUCUUCAAGGAGCACAUCGACAGGCCUGCUGAUGUUGUGCAGGCACGAGAUAUGAAGAAGCAGCUCAUUGAUGACUUCCUUUCCCAGAAUAAGUUCCUGAUGGUGGCCAGGCUCACCAGCCAGGGGCUGUUCCAGGAGCUGUGUCCUGUGAAGAAGUCUCACCGACAGCGCAAGCACUGUGUGCUCUUGCUGACUGGAGAAGGUGAGAAGUAUGCUGAGGCUUAUGAGGCAUUUUUGACUUUUGCUGUGGCCAACACGAAGGACACUCUGAGGUUUGUGCACACCUACAAGGACCGGCAGCCCGAGCUGGCAGACGCCUUGCUGCUGGAUGAGGAGAAGUACCGAGGAAGAUCAGCUGUGGUCAUCCUGGAGAGACGAAACAACGCGGGGAAGGUCGCCUAUAAAACCUUGGAGGAGGCCUGGCGAGGUAGCAAAGAGGACAACUUCAUCCUCCUGGAUCUCCUGGAUCAGCUGAGGACAGACCCUGGCCUUCUCUCUUCAGAGACUGUCUUGGCAGACUUGAAUGAUGAACUUGCUCCUAUGUUCCUCGUCCGAUGGUUCUCCUCCACGCUGGACUACAUCUCAGCCUACUGGGACAGUUUGUUUCACAGUAACUGGAGGGAGAUGAUGCCACUGCUGUCCCUGCUCUUCUCUGCUCUCUUCAUCCUCUUUGGCACUGUCAUUGUGCAAGCUUUCAGUGAUUCAAGUGACACCAGGGACUCUCCUCCCUCUGAGAAAGAGGAAACUGCCACAAAGACAGAGAAGAACGACACCAGCUUCAGCAAAGAGAGUAACAGCAGGGUUCCCAAGAAGGGCUUUGUGGAGGUGACUGAGCUGACAGACAUCAACUACAACAGCAACUUGGUGCGCCUCAGGCCGGGACACAUCAACGUGGUCCUGAUCCUCUCCAACUCCACCAAAACCAUGCUCCUCCAGAAGUUUGCCCUGGAAGUCUACACCUUCACAGGGAGCAGCUGUCUUCAUUUCUCCUUCCUCAGCCUGGACAAGCACAGGGAGUGGCUGGAGUACCUGCUGGAGUUUGCUCAGGAUGCAGCCCCCAUCCCCAACCAGUACGAUAAGCACUUCCUGGAGCGCGACUACACCGGCUACGUGCUGGCUCUCAACGGCCACAAGAAAUACUUCUGCCUCUUCAAGCCUCACAGAGUAGGGGAUGAGGGGGGAACCCUGGGAUCCUGUGAGGAUUAUGAUUCCUCACUACACACAGAAGCCAGAGGGAAACCUUCCUGCAGCCCGGGAUCUAGAUCCAUUAAAAGCAAAUUACACAAAUUGUCCUUCUGGAUGGAACGGCUGCUGGAGGGCUCCUUGCAGAGGUUCUAUAUCCCCUCGUGGCCAGCACUAGACUGA